AUGACCGCCGUAAUCUUGGCUGCCGUCCUUGCGCCCACCGCCAUACCAUACGUCGACGAGAAGAUUCGAGCCAAGACCUUUCACGAUGUUCGAGGCCCUGCGUUCGCCAAGGCCGGCUUUUUCUGCUCGCACGACGACGAGCAGGGCUACCUCUCCCGCGAACAGAUAGUGACCCGCAUAAUCGUUUGUUUCUACUGCGGGGUGCAAGUAUUUUCGAUCCUCGACUGCGAAGAAGACGAUCCGUGGCUGCUACACGCCCGCAGGUCCCCCAAUUGCGUGUUUCUACGAGUGAACAAGACCUAUUACUACGUGCACGAUGCAGUCGAAAAGUUUUACAGGAGCGAGAUGUACUGGGCGUCUCACUUUCCCGAGAUCGACGAUCUCGUCAAGGACCCAAAGUUCCGCAACAGGACUAUGAGUACUCUGUACACGGCCAACCUGACGUAUCCCUUGAACGUAUCGGCGAUGGUGAGUGCCAUUCGGAGCAGCAAGGCGACUCCGUUGGGCAGUCACACUCUGUUUGAGCCAGUGAACGCCCUUCCUUCGUUCGAUCACAAGGCUAUCGGUAGGUGGGGUAACUUUGUGAUAGAUAGCGCGAUCAGUGAUACGCACUAUUCCGCUAUAAAGUCACGAGACGAAUCAACUAAGAGGUGCAUCGUAUGCAUGAAGGCUCCGGCUAACAUUGCCUACUUGCCGUGCGGACACUGCGUGUCGUGUUUCGACUGCACCAUAUUAUUCAAACAUUGCAAGGCCUGUAGACUCAAAAUCGACUUUAUUUCUAGAGUCUACUUUGCUUAA